UCGCUGGCCUUAUAUGGUGCGCAUCACUUCGGGCCACCAAGCUAGCUAAUGCUGAGACAGUGUUGAGUCAUGAGCAUCUUGCCGGGAGAGAAAAACCGAACCAACCUCCUGUCAAUAUUCUGGAAAUCGUUGUCUCAUGCUGCUCGCUACUUUCAGCUAGACUGGGAGAGUGUUUAACGGAAGCAAGCCAAAUUUUGGAGGCAGGCUUCUGUAAGCCUGCAGUCAUGCUGCCUCUGAAGGAGAAGGACAAACCCAUCGUCCAGAAGCUGCUUUCAGCCGGCUGCUGCGCUCGCUGCGUCCUCAGAUUCUGCUGCACUCGCGUUCAGGCCGCCUACAGACAGCCUCAACAGGAUACACUCAAGGAACUUCAAGCUUUCAUCUGCAAUACAGAAAACAGCAGUCCCCAAGAUUCAGAAGCAUCAGCGUCCACAGAAGAAAACAACAAGUCCCAUGAUGCAGCUGUAUCAGAAGCACCUGAAGAACCACCGAGCAAAAAAGCUAAACUGGAGCCCAGUGGGACGGACGCUCAGUCAGAGGACGGCGCUGCUGCUGUGGUCAAACUGGCGGAUAGAGAGUCGCAUGUGUGUGUGGUGUGUUUGGGAAUCCUGCAGGAACUCUGUGGCACGACUCAGGCUGUGAAGAUAGCGGAGGCAGUGAAGGCAGAAAAGUACGAGUUCGACACCCUGGUGCUGUCCGUCUCUCUGCCUGCUCAGCUGUGUGUCCGCGAGCACUCCUGUUGGCUCCACGUGAAGAAGGAAGUGAGGGAGAAGGGCUUGGUGCUCGAUAAGGACGACAUCAUCCAGGUGAAGGAGGCCUUCAAGUGGAUCAUGCAGGGCCUGGUCGCCAAGGAGCUGGGGGGCGUCGCUGUGUUUACCAAGAGCGCCUUCGAGGUCGGCGUGGAGUUCACUCACGAAGCAACAGACUCCGACUGCCACUUCCUUGCGUCGGCGUGUCCUGACUGCUUCAGACCCACCAAGAACAAACAGUCGGUGUUCACGAGGAUGGCGGUGGUCAAAGCUCUGGAAAAGAUACCUGAUGCCAAAUUUCUGAAGCACUACCCUUGUCCUCCAACGCAGCCAUCCAGCUGUUGCAGCCCUCAGGGCGUCCAGUGUCUCCACGGGUCCGUCUUUGUUGCAGGGAGAUACAACAAGUUCUGUCGCAGUCUGCCUCAGACUCCCUGGAUGAUCGACGGAGAGAGGAGGAUGGAGUCUUCGGUGGAGGAGCUGAUCGCAGCGCCCAUCCUGUCUCUCUUCAGAGCCGACGGUUUUAAUUUCUCCUCAUCUGGCAGGGAGGAUGUAGACGUCCGGACUCUUGGAAAUGGUCGUCCGUUUGCGAUGGAGCUGCUGAAUCCUCACAAAUCCAGAUUCAACAGAGUGGAGAUGAAGCAGCUACAGGAGACCAUUAACAAGUCUUCAGAGAAAAUCAGAGUGAGAGACCUGCAGAUAGUUACCAGAGAGGCCAUGAGUCGGAUGAAGGAGGGCGAGGAGGAGAAGACCAAGUCGUACACGGCGCUUAUCUGGACCCAGACACCCAUUCAGAGCGAAGACAUCGCCUUCAUUGACGACAUCAAGGAGCUGACUCUGGAUCAGAAGACUCCUCUGAGGGUUUUGCACCGUCGGGCGCUGGCCGUCCGGCAGCGAGUCAUCCACAGCAUGAACACCCGCUUCCUGGACCCCCAUCACUUCUACCUGGGACUGAAGACACAGGCCGGGACGUAUCCUCACAUCGCAACUUCGGUUUCUCUCCGCCUUGGAAAAAUGAACUGUCUCAGCGGGAGUGAAAACCUUCGGCGACAUGGUGGCCUCACCGGGGCUGUGACGCCAGCAAGAGUGGGGCCGCUUUUCGGCAAAUGCCCCGGGGCUCUACUCAGGCCAGUUAUGUUUUUGUGA